GAACCCGGGGGUAGGCGGCACGGAGGACAAAGACACCCCUAAGGCCUGGGCGGGCAACUGAAAGAAGUAAUGCCGGCCUUCCCCGUCCGCCCUGCCGAAGCCUGUGAGGAGAAGCCUGCCCGUGCCCCCGUGCCGCUCUCCUCACGCUGACCCACCGAGCGGCAGCAGGGCCCCGCCCCCCGGAGCGCGCGGCGCCUUGCCGCUGGAGUGGGGGUACAGCCAUGGCCGCGGUGCGGGACGUAGAGAUCGACCCGGAGGGCACGUUCAAGUAUAUCCUGGUCCGUGUGCAGCGCCCGGGCGGUCAGGAGCCGCGGGACAUCGUCCGUGGCACCAAGGCAGCCGAGUUCCAUAAUCAUAUAUUUGAAAAAGUAAAUCCUGAGAUGGAAAAGCUGGGAUAUGAGUGCAAGUGCCUUGGAGGAGGGAAAAUUGAUCAUAAUAGCAAAGACAAGAAAAUUAGGGUAUUUGGGCUCUCGACAGGCUAUGGAAAAGCUGAUCAUUCGUUGACAGUGGAGAUACUGAAAAAAGCAUAUCCAGAUUAUGAAAUUACAUGGUCAGAUGACAAGAAAUAAAUUGGCAAUUUAUGUACACAACAAAAAUUGGUAACUCUGCGAGCUGUACUUUAAUAAAUAAAAUCAAAUAUCUUCUGUGUGUUACCAUAAAUCUGGAGUAGCUGGACUCUGCUGUGAUUUAUAGUAAGGUUAGUAAUCCCCAGAUAUAUCUUACUUUCCAGAUAAUUCUUUUGUGCAGAAUCUGCAGUUCUAAGCCUUUUUUUUCAUCCUUUUGAUGUGCCAUCUAAUUAAACACUCCCACAACAUAUUACCUCCAGUUUAUUUUCAUCCAGUGCUGUCUGAUACAUUGUAGGAUACAUCAGGAUUUUGCCAUUAACUUAAACGCCACAGGACCGGACUUGUUCCCUGUUUUUUUGACCACACUGUUUUCAGUUUCCUUUUUUUCUGUUGCUCUUCAGGCUUUUCAGAUUCCUUUAUCCAAAUUUACAAAAACUGGGGGAGGAAGGAGAGGGGAGGGUUGACUAUUACAGUUCUUCACCAAUGAUGUAAAGUUUUGAUUUACUCCAUGGUUUUGAAAAUUCAGCACUUAUGUUCCACACAAGUAAUAAUUGAGAUCUUUUGUGUUCCUGUGAGAUUCUCACCUAUAGUAGACUGAUGGCAAUGUCAAAUUCUGACAAUACUGAUUCCUCUGUACUUUUAUUCCCUGUAUGAUACUUUUUUUCCUUUUAUAGCAAUAAUUGAUUUAUAGGUAACUACCUUCCUGCCAGAGCCAGUACACUUAGGCAGUGUCUGAAUUAACUUACUGCAUGUGUCAUGGCAGCACUUUGCCUUUCAUUUCUGUUAAGUUACUUGCUACAGUUUUCACUUUUUCUGUUUUCUGCCAGUUGUCUUUUAAUGCUGCUAUAGAUUUCAAGGGAAUAUAUUUUGUUCUUAUGCUUACAUUGUUGACUUGCAGUCUUUAAGAUAUUUCUAUCUAAAUCCCAGUUCUUCCCUUUGCUAUUUCCUACUGCACUUAUCUACCAGUAUCUGGUGGUAUAGAGCAACUUUUUCUUUUCAAUGUGCAUGUGACUCUUCAAGUACAAGCUAUGAAAUUUGAUAUGCUUUAGUUGAGUUUUUAUCACAAAAAAAAGUCCUGUUGUUAUUACCUUAAUACACUGCGAAUGCAUCAUA